UUGUAAAUUGCAUUUGGUAAAUAAAGUUAUUUGACAAAACACCGGAGCAGACAGGAAAGGGCGCAGAAGAGGAGGGAAGUCAAGAUGGCAACUGGUCCAGAGAACGGACUGAAAAGAAUAGUUUGGAAAAGAAUUAAAGAAACGAUUAUUGAAGAUUGCCGAAAAUCAGAAGUAUGGAAGAUAUUGAUUCUGGACCAGUUUACCACCAAGCUCCUGUCAUCAUGCUGCAAAAUGUCGGAUCUGAUGUCAGAGAAAAUAACAAUUGUGGAGGACCUGCACAAAAUGAGAGAACCUGUUUUGGAAAUGAAGGCCAUCUACUUUAUGACACCGACAGCGCAGUCUGUGGAUGCCUUUAUUGCCGACUUCAAACCUAAACCGAAAUACAAAUCGGCAUAUGUUUAUUUCACUGACUACUGCCCUGAUGACCUUUUCAACAAUAUGAAGCUGUACUGUGCAAAGUACAUUCGGAUUUGCAAAGAAAUCCACAUUUCCUUCAUGCCACAUGAAGCACAGGUGUUCACUUGCGCUAAUCCGGGAGCCUUUCAGAGCAUCUACAGUCCCAACAGUCAGGACAAAAAAAAGACACUGGAGACGCUUGCGGACCAGCUGGUCACCCUCUGCGCCACGUUGGAUGAAUACCCAGGGGUCCGAUACAAAAGAGACACCAACAUGGAGUGCGCUAAGAUUCUCGCAGAGUUGGUGGACAACAAACUGUCCAGAUACUAUCAGAUGGAUGACAGCAGUAAGAAAAAGGACAAGACUCAGGCCCAGCUGCUGAUAGUGGAAAGAGGCUUUGACCCCGUCAGCCCUAUCCUCCAUGAGCUUACCUACCAGGCCAUGGCCUACGACCUCAUUGAUAUCCACAAUGACACGUACAAGUACAAGUCUAAAGAUGGCUCCGAGAAGCAGGCUGCGCUGAAUGAGGAUGACGCGCUUUGGGUUAAGCUGAGGCACAAGCACAUUGCUGAGGUGUCCGAACUCAUCCCCAAGAUGUUAAAGGAAAUAUCUGCUAGCAAGAAACAACCCGAUGGGAAGAUCACCAUCAGCAAUUUGGCCCAAAUGAUGAAAAAGAUGCCAUCAUUCCGUAAACAGCUGACACAGAAAGCUGUUCACCUGCAGUUGGCUGAAGAUUGUAUGACGCAUUUCUCCAACAAUGUCGAGAAACUCUGCAAAGCCGAGCAGGACCUUGCCGUGGGCUCGGACGUGGAUGGGGUGAAAGUGAAGGAUCCCAUGAGGACGCUGUUGCCAGUGCUGCUCCACCCGUACACCACCUAUGACAAGAUCAGAGCUGUGCUGCUUUACAUCUUCAGCGUCAAUGGAACGACAGAGGAGAAUUUGAACAAACUCAUCCAACACGUGAAAAUUGAAGAGGAAAAAGAAGUGAUCCUAAACUGGAAAGAGCUCGGAGUCCCCGUCAUCACAUCUCCCAGUUUGUUCUCCCGCAAAGCUACCAGACGGGACCGUUCUCAGCAUGAGAUUUAUAAUCUUUCCAGGUGGACUCCUCUCAUAAAAGAUGUCAUGGAGGAUGCUGUGGAGAACAAACUGGACACUCGGGAAUGGCCGCACCAGUCUGAGUGUCCGACUGCUUGGAAUGGUUCGGGUGCUGUGAGUGCACGUCAGAAGCACAAAUCCAGCUCUCAGGACGAACGUCGGACGGGCUCGCGCCUCAUCGUCUUUGUCGUAGGAGGAAUCGGCUACUCUGAGAUGCGCUGUGCCUAUGAGGUGACACAGGCUGUCAAAUCCUGUCAGGUCAUCGUAGGAUCGUCCCACAUUUUGACACCAACCAAUCUACUGGAUGACAUCAAGGUCCUAAGCAAACGUCCGAUGCAGACUUUCAAAAUUGAGGAGAGGAGCAAUGACUAAAAUGUUAGCCAACUAACAAGACUCAAUGACUAAAAUGUUAGCCAACUAACAGGACUCCCUCCCUGCCCAUCCUUCCCUUACUAUUAUCAUGAGUGCACUCAACAAAUCCCCUUCAUCGGGGGACACGAAGGGAAUGUUUUGGAUGCCUUUUCCAUUGGAGAAGAUUUCCAUCUUUGCUUUGAGAAACUAAAUUGUAUCGUUGGAUGUGAGGAUUAGGAUCUUUGUUGUGAAUUCACAUUGCCCGGUCCUGGGAAAAAAAUACUGCUAACUUAAUCUUGUAUAAAUUGGAAUGGUAGAAGACAUUACCGCUUAAUUCAUGUUUGUAAGCACUGAACUUCACUCUGCUCAUGGAAACUUGGUCAUCCUUCUUUGUAAACGUUAUUUUUGUCUUUUUAAGUACUCUAUUUUUUUAAUUGAACAACUGACUAAUAAAUGAAUGAAGUGGUUCAAC